AUGGGCACCGGUGGGCGGUAUGGGCUACGGCCAGGCAAGGGCAACGCAGAAGGGGUAGUCGCGGGCAAGGGGAACACCGAUGGGGUUGCAGCUACUCCCACUCCCACUGCUGCCUCGGCCUCCUGCCAGUACAGGUGCAUCGAAUGCAACCAAGAGGCCAAGGAGUUGUACCGAGACUAUAACCACGGAGUGCUGAAGAUAACCAUCUGCAAAUCCUGCCAGAAACCUGUAGACAAAUAUAUCGAGUAUGAUCCUGUUAUCAUCUUGAUUAAUGCUAUUUUAUGCAAAGCCCAGGCCUACAGACAUAUUCUCUUCAAUACUAAAAUAAACAUGCACGGGAAACUCUGCAUAUUUUGUUUGCUUUGCGAAGCGUACCUGAGAUGGUGGCAGCUUCAAGAUUCAAACCAGAACACCGAUCCCGACGACUUCAUCAGAUAUGCCAAGGAGUGGGAUUUCUAUAGAAUGUUCGCAAUUGCUUCUCUAGAACAAGCUGCCUUUUUUACUGGCAUCUUUACUUUCCUGUGGGUAGAACGACCGACGACAGCGAAAAAAAAACCCGACUUCAUUUUGCUGCUGAAAGCAUUAUUGUUGUCGAGCUACGGAAAACUCUUGCUGAUUCCAGCCGUCAUUUGGGAGCACGACUACACAUCCCUGUGCCUCAGACUCAUCAAAGUAUUUGUCCUUACAUCCAAUUUUCAGGCAAUCAGAGUGACCCUGAAUAUCAGCCGAAAGCUCUCCUUUCUGGCCAUCUUUAGUGGCUUACUGGUGGAAAGCACCAUGGUCUACUUCUUCCAGAGGAUGCAAUGGGACGUGGGAAGUGAUUGCACCAUCUAUAAAUCUCAAGACUUUUGA